CAGUGAGGGCAGUGUGCCCCAGUGUGUUGAUGGUGGUGUCUCCGGCUCCACGCAGUGUUCAGUGAGCUACAUGUGUGUUACGUGUGUGUGUGUGUGUGUGUAGGAUGAGCCGCUCACACGUCGCAGCUGCAUGAAGAGAAGGAGAUAGAAGCGGCUGAACAACACGAGCUCCACUGGCGAAGCGGCGCCGCCUCGCUCCUGCUCCCCCGGAAACAAAGCGACACCAGGCGAAUGCGGAUUUCACUUUUCCUCCGGCUCCAUCUGUGUAGGUGGAGGCUCCGGCGGCUGUCGCACUGUUGAUCAAACACACGGCCUCGCACACGGCUCCACGCCUCGGAUUGAAACCCUCUCUGCUCUUGUUCUGCAGAGCCGCGGUUCGUGGGGUGGACUUCGAGCGGGAGGAGACCUCUUUGCCGUCGGUGAGAUGCACCGUGUGGAGGACUGAGCCUCAUGGGAGAACGAAGCAGGGUCCCACAGCCAUGAAGACGCCGCCAUGUUGCAUUGAGCUGGGAAUACCUGCAUCCACAGCACCAUGUUUGGGAUGAGCUCACCAGCAACAAUGGUUGCUCACCCUGGGGAAGAAUGGUACACUCCACUACUGCCCCCCCUCCAGAGGCAAGGGACAUCAACAUCAGUCUCUGCUGCCUCUAUACGGGGCUGCUGAACUUAUCUGAGAGGCUGGCGAUGGAGAACAUCUCCAUGGCGAACCUUUCCCUGGGCUCCCGCUCGCCCCUGGAGCCGGUCAUGCCAACAGCGGAGGCCCAGAGGAGUCUACAGGGUGUCGGCCUCCCUCUGCAGGUCUUCUUUUGCUCUGUUAUGGUUGCCAUCCUGCUGGUGGCACUGUUGGGAAAUGUGGUGGUGUGCCUGAUGGUGUACCAGAGAUCUGCCAUGCGCUCGGCCAUUAACAUCCUCCUGGCAAGCCUGGCAUUUGCAGACAUGAUGCUGGCCAUCCUGAACAUGCCCUUUGCUCUGGUUACUGUGGUGACCACCAACUGGAUUUUUGGAGACGUUUUCUGUCGAGUGUCGGCCAUGCUCUUUUGGUUCUUUGUGAUGGAAGGCGUGGCUGUACUGCUUAUAAUAAGCAUAGAUCGCUUUCUUAUUAUUGUCCAGAAGCAAGAUAAGCUGAGCCCACAGAGAGCUAAAGUGCUUAUAGUGGUCACAUGGGGACUAUCAUUCAUUUUCUCGUUCCCCCUGGCGGUUGGCUCCCCUCCCCUUCAGAUCCCCCCCAGGGCCCCUCAGUGUGUAUUUGGCUACAGCAUUGAGCCUGGCUACCAUGCCUAUGUAUUGAUCCUAAUGUUAGUCUUCUUCUUCAUGCCUUUCAUGGUCAUGCUAUACACAUUCAUGGGGAUCCUGAACACCAUCCGCCACAAUGCCAUCCGCAUCCACAGCCACCCAGACAGCAUCUGUCUAAGCCAGGCCAGCAAACUGGGUCUGCUGAGCCUCCAGAGGCCCUUCCAAAUGAAUAUAGACAUGAGCUUCAAGACCCGUGCCUUCACCACCAUCCUCAUCCUCUUCUCCGUGUUUACAGUGUGCUGGGCACCCUUCACUGCCUAUAGCCUGGUAACUACCUUUAGCGAUGGGUUCUACCACAAAGACAGCUUUUUUCAAAUCAGCACAUGGGUCCUGUGGUUGUGCUACCUCAAGUCAGCCCUCAACCCUCUCAUUUACUACUGGCGGAUCAAGAAGUUCCGCGAUGCCUGCCUUGAUCUGAUGCCCAAGUACUUUAAGUUUCUUCCUCAGCUGCCAGGAAACACGAAGCGGCGCAUACAGCCAAGCGCAGUCUAUGUGUGCGGAGAGCAUCGCUCUGUGGUUUGAAGUAAAAUCCACACUCAAACACUUAAAUCUUUACAUACUGUACUGUAUUUGCCUGUUUUGCUGUUUGGUGGUAAACUUCUCUUAGCAGGUGUUCAGACAGAAAGUAGCACUGCAUUAAAAAAGGCAUGGGGCAGGGUUAAUGUGGGUGUGUUGCUACAGGGCGCAGGUGAAAUGCAAUCUACAAAGUCCAGUUUGAAGCAAACAUCUAUGAGUUUCAAAGCUUGUUUGAUUCCAAAACACUGUUCAGUGAUAAAAAAUUGUUUUUAAAUCAGGGCAUUACAAUUUAGAAGUAGGCUGGGUUUUCUUUGAUACCCAUUCUGUUACAAUAUCUGAGAUUCUUCACCUAUAGAAAAAAUCUAUAUAUUUUAAUACCCAAUUUUGAUGAAUAUUUUUUUUUUUGUUUGACAAAAGAAGAUACUUGAGAAUUGUUUUAUCAUAUAGUCAGCUGUAGGAUAUAGAUUUUUUUUUUUUUUUUUAAACCCAUCCCUUAGAGAAACCAUCUUCUCCUGCAUCUUGCCAAUAUUGACAUAAUUAUAUGACGCUGUUACUCACAGUGGAAGUGUGCAGGGUAUUGUGUGCUAUAUGUCUGAUUGGCUGGAUGAUGUGCUGUGUUGCAGCAAAAGUUGAGUCAGGGUCAACCUUUUUGCUGGACAACCUUGCAUUUUUGCUGGAACCCUCAUAAGAACAGUGUUUAAUGCUGUGCUAAUUUUAGUCUGACUCACCAUUUUUGCACUGAUGCUCAGAAACAGUCAGGGUGUAUGUUAAGAUUCGUGGUAGCCAUGGAAUAUCUGGGGGUCAAAAGCAACUGGACUCUCCAUGUGCAAAAUGUUUUAGUGUUCAGUCAGAGGCUUCACUUUCUGGUGAAAGCUUCAAUUCAUUUCUCUCAUUGUGGUGGUGAUGUUCAGUACCCCAUGGCUGGACUGAAACUUGUUUUAGAAUCAUGCUAUAUUUUCUAUAAUAUCAGAUUAGUCUGGUGAGUAUGAUUGGUCUAUUGAUAUUUUUUACACUUAAAUACUUGAUGCCAAAUGUAACUUUUUUUCUGGACCGCAGUGAAAGUCCAGUUUUCUAUUAAAGCUGGGCAUACACUGUACGAUUUUAGAAAUGCUGUUGUUAAAUUCCAACUCGUACUGUGCGUGUUAAUCGUCUGCAAUUGAGAUGUUGUGGGUUUGUUAGCGUUGGGAUAACUAGACAUACAGUAGUUUUAUACUUUCAUAAUCUCCUUUGAGUAGGUUUAUCCUAUAAAAUUUAAUAUUUAUUAGUAAUGGGAGAUAGAUAGUUUACAGGUUUACCUUUUGACACCCCCUCAAUAACCUGUGCAGUCAGCCCUCACCAAAAUGACAGUACACUGUUGCGAGGUGCACACUCUCCUUAAAAGGAAGGAUAAGAGAAGUUUACUACAAUGGUUGGUUAAUCCGUGCCGGUACCACACCACGAGUACAUCUCAAUCUCUCAAUUUCUCCAUGUCAACAGAUUCGCCAGGCGCAUCCUGUCACCAGUUUGCCAUAUGUGCACAGUCACGCUCCCUGCGCACUGAACCUUUAACUGCGCUUUGAAUAGGGCCCUAUGUUCUUAUUGACUAGUAAUCGCAAACGUUUCCACCACAGUGUGGCCUCAAUCAGAGUCAGUGCAUACAGUGCAUGUCAAACUAAAGCUCAUUAUAGAGGUUACAUCAUGUGAUCAAGUGAAACGUUUCAUCUCUCAUCCAAGAGGCUUCUUCAGUUCAGUUCACUGUCUCUGUGUUUGCCACUUCACGCCAUCAGGAAAAAAGGCACAGAGACGGAGGGACCGACUCGCGGCUCUGCUUCAACUGUGCGAGACGAUGAAGUCAGCCGACCAAAAAUUGUCAGAAAUGUAUCGGUGCAUAAAUUUCCACCCUGUGCAGUGCACAGCAAACAUUGCACGACAAAGCUGAAAAUGGAGUCAUACGACUCAGAAAUCAGGGCAAAAACGGGCUUAAAUCGUACAGUGUGUGUCCAGCUUUAGAGUGUGUGAAGAUUGAGAUCAGGUCAUUGUAUAUCAAGUGUCAACUCAAAGGCAACUGUGCUGGCUGUUUUGUCUCUUAGCAGAACAAAGAUUGAGUACAUUUGUCUUUGAUUUAGUGCUGUACUGGAAAGAAUGCAUUGCAGAAGAGGGAAACCAACUGUCCACAUACAGCUUUAGUGAUCUUCAAUUAAAGCUUCAAUAAUAGAGCUGGGUAAUUGAAGGUGUUUGAUACUAGUUCCAGUGAAAUCCCUGAGUGAAAACAAGUUCCCCAAUGUUAAAUGUGUAAACAUAAGCAGCCAUACAAGAUUUUUGCCUUAUAGUCAAAAUUUUACAAAAUUACUACUGAAAUCAGGAAGUACCGGGUCAAUGAGAGAUUCAGCAAGAUAAUUAUGACAUUGAUUAUUGACAAUACUUGACUGUUUUUAAUACUUUGUUAGACUUCAUAGUUAUUUUGCUCCAGGGAUAUUCAAGUAGAUCAGCCAGCCCUACUCAUAGACCAGAAUGCAUUGCAGCAACAUGACUUUUAAUGCCAAGAAUACAGUCACGGAUAAACUUGCUCUCUUGCUCUUAUGCUGUCACUCUAGCUAUGGUUCUUUUUCCACCUACUCAUCCCACAGAACGCACUUUGUCUCAGAGUGUCGCUCUGGGUAAUAACAGAAAGCUUUAAGUGAAGUUGUCAACUAGGAAACAUAAAAAGAAUGAAACCACUUUAUAAUUGCUGGAAUGCACUGAAUGGCACCGACCAUGCAGGAGUAUCCACAAAUGAAUUGUAACUUUAAUAUUGAGCUAAAAAGAAAACACGGGCGCUGUUGGAUUUGACAUGAUCACAUCUUUUCUUGCCACUGGAAUCAUGAGUCGAGGGGAAAGGACAGUUUGUUUUAGCUGUGUACAAGUUGUUAUACAGGGCAUGUAAAUUAACAGCUUAAAUGGAGUUGGGAUGUGGUCAGAAAGUGGCCAUGACCCAUUUGAACAUGUUUGAAUUUCAAUGUUUUUGGAUGUGCCUAUUGAUUAGUCCACUUGCCAGUCAGAAUGCUGCUAUAUCUGGUGAAAAUGUGCAAUUUCAGUGUACUGUACUGUUGAAUGUAAUAAAGAAAUAGACAUUUCUUACCUUGGUAA